ACCGGCCCGAAAUUUGAACGGGGUGGGGGGGAGCCUCCCACAUACGAAACGACUUUCGGUUCAAAGAAUUACUUCGGAAAGAUUAUUUCACUUCACCAUGUAGAAGAAUUCAACUGAAAAUUAAUUCUGACGGAUUUGAAUGAAAUUUGGUGUAGACUUUGUCAUUGCAUUGCACUCUAAAACAGUUCUAGCACUAUAGGUGGGACACAGCCACCUUGGAGGGCCGAAGCCCAAGAAAACGACGGCGGGAAUAGUGGAUUCACUACUGGCAACAAACCCCAGUGUGGGAAAAUUAUUUCUUGGUGGGGCGAAGCCCGAAAUACCUAUGUUGAUGUGGUGGCAGGGGGACCCACUUUUGUGUGCCAUGGGGCGACAAGGGUGUUGUGGAUACACCACUGGGAGGAAAUCCACUUGUGACGAACUCGCUAAAUGGUGCAGAGCCCCCCUGCUGGGGCUGUAUCCAACGAGUGGGGCGAAACACAGGUUGAAUGCCCCCUUUCCUCUACCAUCACAUUCAGAUCAUCCAGUCCUCAGGAGGGCUGAAACUGCCGCCGAGAUGCUUCUGCACCCACAGGGUUGUGUUACAUCCAGGGACUGCACCCCCUGGAAACAUUGCCAGAUGCACCUGAAAAGGCAUCAACACAGACAAUUCUCAAAUAAGAUUUGAGGUUUUUAUAAUGGCAAAUCUGAAGAUGACCGUCUUCUGGGUUGUAGCUCCGUAUAGUCUGGCACAAGUUUACUCUUCACUCUGAUGAUUAAGGCAGCAAGUACCUCUGAAAUGUUGGUUAACUCCUACAUGGCACUACAACUCAGAAGUCAGCCAGCCAGCCACGUACGUGAUUCUCAAAUAGGUUUUGUGUCGUAUUCCUGGUAAAACCUGUACUUAUCAAAACAUUAAGUGAAUGUAAUAUGUUUGAUGGAAGAUGUUGCUCUAUUAUUCUAUGAAAAGUUAAGAAAAUCUAUACAUAACUUUUAACAGUUAUGAAGAUCAAUUGGUUUGUCUGAUGUUAUGGAAACCAAAAAGUUGAGUUCCUACUUAAGAGAAAUACAACAUGAGACCAUCACAAAGCUCAACUGGAUAAUCUAAUGUUGUCAUGGCAACUAGAAAUCAGUUCCUAUCUUAAAGACAUCACAAUGCAUCACCAUUACAGACAUCAACUGCUUAGUCUGACAUCAUGACUACCAGAACAUUCAGUUCUUACCUCAAAGAAAACACGGCACAUCAGUUAUUAAAAAUAUCAAUUUGUUGGGGUUACAUUUUCAUGUUAAUCAGAAAAUUAAGUUCCUACGUCAAAGAAAACAGAAUGCUUCACCUUCAAGAACAUUAGCUGGUUGUUCCAAUAAUUUAUUACAUACAAGUUUUGGAGACGAGUUUGAGGAAGGUAUAUUUUCAUAUUUAUAUUAGGAGGGUUGCAUAAGAAGCACGUAGGUGCAACAUGGAAGUUGGAUAACAAAAAACUGCUUGAUGAACCAGGGAAACCAUAAAAAUCUCAGUCAAGUUGGCUGGUUGCAGGACCUUUCUGGUGCACACUGACAUUGACAGUUGGUCUUAUGUUGUUAUUGCAGCCAGAAGAUUAAGUUUCUACCCCAAAGAGAAAAUAACGUGUCACCAUUACAAACACUAAUGAUGGUUAUGACAUCACAUUAAGAAAAUGCUCUCAUAUAAAUUGAUCAUUACAAUUCUUCAUAAAAGUUAAAUAUUAAAUUUAAUGAGAAUCCCUUCAGCCAUUCACAAGUUAUUACAUGCAUGUGGAUGGACAGACAAACAAGUCCUUAAAGAUGGUCUAAAGGGAUGUAAAUAUGACUGAAAAUACUUCGGGUCAAUUCAGCGCUGUGACUGCCAAACUCACCCACCUCUCAAACCAAACUUACACUUUAGUCUACGUCAGUGUUCCGUAACCACUGUGCCGCCACAAAUUUUUAUAAGAAGUUGUAUAUUCACACAUUACAGGUAUAAAAAGGCAAAAUCUGAUCUUAUGCAAUUAAAAUUCAUAAUACACACUCACAUAUAUUUGUUCAUCAUCAAUACUUUUAUUCAACAUGUGUUAUGUUUUGUUUUCAUUUGCCUGCAUUAUUUUGUAUCCUUGGCAAAUUAAAGUACAAUGCGGGUGGAUAAGGGUUACGGAGCACUGGUCCAGGUGACACAAGUAACAGAUAACGAUAAUUUAUAAAACGGCAAAAUAAAUAUUAUUUGGGACUUCAGCAGCUGAAGUGGGAAAUCUAAUAUAGAAAAUAUUUUGAAAGAAGU